AUGACUGGAUUUAUUUGUGCUGCAUAUGUAUUACAAAUCCCUAAGGGUUAUAAUCAAGAAUUGCUUGUUUUGGGCCUUUUGUAUGGAUUCAUAUCCCUCUACCUUUUUUCCUGCCACGUAUCGACUUAUAGGGUCACUCAAAUCUACUCACGUAUUAUUCAAAAAAUCUUUGUUUACCUAGACAAUCAUUCCAGUGAUCGGGUUCGAACUCUAUGUUAUGGUAUCACUGUCAUUUGUAUUAUUAUAGCUACUGUACUUUCAUUUCCCGAAAAGCAAGAAUCACCACGGGUCAAACGACUUAUCCCAUUACUAGGCAUGACCUUGUUUGUUGUCUGUAGUUAUUUGGCAUCAGUGCAUAGAAAAGCAGUACCAUGGAAUACGAUAUUUACAGCAUUGCUUUUGCAAUUCCUGUUAGCCUUGUUUGUGUUUCGAACCAGUGUAGGGCAUGAUGUGUUCAAUUGGGUUGCUGUUUUUGUUGAAGGCUAUAUGCAUAAUGCUUCUUAUGGGGCCGAGUUUUUAUUUGGCACAGCAGCUGUAAAUGCAAACACAUUUGCAUUAAACCUAUUUCCAGUUAUCAUCUUUUUUGCUUCCACUGUACAAAUGUUAUAUUAUGUUGGGGCAUUACAAUGGAUAUUGAAGAAACUAUCCUUGAUUUUCAUGUCUAUUAUGGAAGUCUCAGGUGCAGAAGCAAUUGUUGCUGCUGCUACACCUUUCAUUGGAGCAUGCGAAAACGCUUUAUUAAUCGAGCCGUUUGUACCAGACUUGACACUAUCUGAGAUUCAUCAAGUCAUGACAUGUGGAUUCGCCACUGUUUCUGGAUCUACACUGUAUGGCUAUACUUCUAUGGGCGUAUCUGGACAGGCAUUGCUUACCUCUUGUAUUAUGUCCAUUCCUUGUUCGAUUGCUAUUUCCAAGUUACGCUACCCAGAGACAAAGAUUCCCGUUACCAAAGAAAAGACAGAAAUCAAUGUCCAUACAGACGAUGAUAUAUCCAAUAUUGUUCAUGCUGCUACAAAAGGUGCAUCGAUGGGCAUUCAGAUUGUGCUGAUGAUUGGUGCAUGUGUCAUUUCCAUCUUGGCAACAUUGUAUGCAGUAAAUGCAUUUUUGACUUGGCUGGGUCGUUUCGUUAACAUUCAAGAAUUAACUUUACAGCUCAUUACUGGUUAUUUGUUUGUACCUAUUGCUUGGUUGAUAGGUGCAGACAAUCAAGACUUAGUCAUUGUUGGAAGGCUAAUGGCAACCAAAAUAUGGUCGAAUGAGUUUAUUGCAUUCAAGCAAAUGACAGACACUUACAAGGGACAAAUUACACCUCGAUCUGAAUUGGUGACAACGUAUGCUCUGUGUGGGUUUGCCAAUUUCGGAAGUGUGGGUAUGCAGAUUGGUGUCCUGAGUGCCAUUGCUCCCAAGCGAUCCGAUAUCAUAUCUCAAUUAGCUUUAUCUGCUUUGAUUUGUGGUUCUCUAAGCACUUGGUUGUCUGCAGCUAUUGCCGGCAUGUUAAUUUAA